AUGACAAUAAUGAUCUCAUUAUUGCUCUUAAUGUUUAAUCUCAUUGGUUUCGUUAAUGGACAAGAUGUACCAACAACAACUGAAAAUCCAGCUGUGGACUUACCAAACAAUGUAGAACAACUCUCAAUGGCUCAGUCAAUAGUAGUUGGUAUCAUUUUGCUUGUUAUAGGUUUCUGCUAUUGUUUCUUUGGUCGUAAACUUUAUAAUCUCACCUUGUUCAUUUUGGGAUCUAUUAUUGGAUCAUAUGUUGCCUUCCUUGUUCUUGUCAAGGCAGAGCCACCGUCAGGCUACACGGCAGAACCGUCAACUAAUACGUUAAUAAUUUUAUUAGUUUCCUUGGCUAUUGGAUUCAUAGUUGGGAUGCUGUUAAUAUGUUGCGCAUCAAAUGAUAUCGCUAGAAUUGUGUUUAUUGUAGCAUUUGCCAUUGCGGGACUUAUUUUGGCGUGUAUAUUUGAGGACGUGAUAAUUAUUUUGGGUACAUCAUUUAUUGGUGCUUAUGCGAUGAUUCUUGGUGUUGACAUGUUUGCCAAUACAGGAUUCCGCCUAUCAGUUAGAGCAUUCUUGGAUGGUACUCCUUAUACCACAAGUCGGGAUGUUUAUUUGAUGUUGGGUGGAUUGAUUGCGCUCUUUAUUGCUGGAUCAUUUAUACAAUAUAGAUUUCAUAGAGGUCAUCAUUUUGGACCUUCACAUCCUAAAGGAUAUGAUAAAUCUGUCGAGGGUGGUAGUGGUGGCGAUCAUGCUCCAGUUACAGAGAAAACGAAAAGUGGAUAUACUAGCAUAUUUUCUAAAAAUAAAUCUUAA